CGAGUGUUUGCGUGUUGCGCCGAGCCAUGGGUCAUGAUUGAGGCCACGCUUACAAUUCGACGAAAAGCGUUGUAUUAUGUUAUUAAUCUGAUCAUUCCUACUUCCAUCAUUACUAUCGUUUCGAUAACCGGUUUCUUUACGCCCGCAACGACAAGCGAUGAUCGCACUGAAAAGAUCAAUCUGGGUAUAACCACAUUGCUGGCGAUGUCCAUUUUGAUGCUUAUGGUAUCCGAUCAGAUGCCUACAACAUCUGAUUUCGUUCCACUUAUCGCAUGGUUCUACUUGUCAGUAAUAAUAAUCAUCUCAAUCGGUACCAUGCUGACCACAGUCAUUAUAAAUGUUCAAGCAAGGAGACGUUUUGGUGUAUUACCUGCCGACAUUGUGCGAAUCGUUUGCUUCGUUUACCUGGCGUAUUGGAUGUUUUUAGCAAUACCAACGCAGUUAGUGCAAUUAUGGGAUGAACUGAAUGUGAGUUAUUGA